AUGAAGCCGCGCCGGCCGGUGCCCGCCUCACGCGUCAUUCUCUUCCUGUUCGUGGGCUUCCUGAUCGGCCUGGGGCUGGGCGUGCUGUUCAUGGGCACCUCGCACGCCAUCAUCGAGUCCAAGGGUGCCACGCACUUUGGGCAGGAGGGCGGCAGCCAGCAGCCGCGGCGCCUGGUGGUGCAGGUGCAGCAGGAGCCGACAUUGGAAGCGACGGGGGACGCCACCGCAGGAGCCACCACAGCGGCCGUGCCGGGGCCCGAUUCCAUCCACACCCUGUGCACCGGCAACGGCAGCCCCUACCAGAACUACCAGCUGCGCAUCGCAUUUGCCACCUACAAGCUCAUCCAGAGCAUGCCCGGCGGCAACCGCCACACCGGCUUCACGCGCAUCCUGCACCGCACCAAGCCAGACCCUCUUAUGGGCGAGAUCGAAACCUUCAGAGCUGACCCGCUGCAGCCCAAAUGCGACGACUGGUGUGAGUACCCGGUCAGCGACCGCGGCAACGCAGUGCGCCAGUUUUUCAAUGCCGCCGCCAAGAACCCCUCUAUGAUCAAGGGUGCCUGGAUCUACAUGAUUGAAAGCGACUACGUCUUCAUGAAGCCCCUGCCCAUCCCGGACCAGGCCGGGCAGGCACAAUACAAGGCGUGGGGGUAUCCUUUCGACUACAUCCAGCCGCGGUCGCACACCGCCGCCAUUCGCAAGCUGUGGCCCGAGGGCGAGCCCGAGGAUGUGCAGGGCACGGGGCCCGCCCCCAUGCUCAUGAAGGCGGCAGACUGGAUCAAGGUGACCCCCGACUGGGAGAAAUUCACGGCGAAAAUCGAGGCGGAUGAGGCUCUCAAGCAGGAGCUGGGAUGGGUGCGAGAGAUGUAUGCCUUCUCCGUGGCUCUGGCAGUCAACGAGCUGAAAACGGAGCUCAAGCCCAUCGGCCAGUCCUACUUUAUCGCACAGCUGCCAAUCGAGGAUGCUCUGGGCCCCGCGCACGCCUACCAUUACACGCAGUGCACCAUCAUCAAGACGAUCGAUGGGGACAAGGAUGUGUGGGCAUACGACAAGCGGUUCCACACCUCGCUGGAGGAAAGCCUCAAGGUGCCGAUGAUCCCGACGCCGCCAGACUUCCAGAAGGGCUGGAAGACUAUCGAAGGCAAGCCCAUCACCCCCAAGCUGCUGUCAUCCAUAGCUCAGAUGGUCGCUCAGAUGAACCGAGGAAUAAAGACGCUGCAGCCCAUCACCGCGCGAUAG